ACUUAAAUACCGACUUCUAACUUCUUUCGGACUACAAAUGGUCUAAUCCCCACUGUAUUCAGAGUUCAGUUCAAAAUUUGGAGUAUCUGACCUUACUUCCUCUUUGCUUUAUUUUCCUCUGCACUCUCUGGUCUCCACCUAUAUUCCCCAUUUCUCUCAAGCUCCCAAAACUAGGCCCUGUUUGGUCGAAUCAUUUAUAAAGCAGGAGCUUAAAAAUGGCUAAUAAUAGAAAGCGUAGCUCACUCAGGCUCACUGUGCUGGGCUCAAUAGCUCUGCUCCUCUUAAUUGUUGGGCCUGGAUUGGGCUCCUCUCGAUUCCCGACCACUCUAGUCGCCCCAGCCCAGUCGGGGGUGUGCGCCUCUAUUGUUUCACCGCACGGUUACGAAUGCCAGGAGUACGAGGUGACGACUAAAGAUGGGUACAUUUUGAGCGUCCAACGAAUUCCGGCAGGCGGCGAAGGAAAAAGUGGCGACGGCGGUCGCGGACCGCCUGUCUUGUUACAACACGGCGUUCUUGUGGAUGGUACAACAUGGCUAUUGAACGGACCAGGGCAAUCACUUGCAUUUAUCUUGGCAGAUGCUGGGUUUGAUGUGUGGAUUUCUAACUUGAGGGGAACCACACACAGUCGUAGACAUGUUACCCUUUAUGCUAAUAGUGAUCGAAAGUAUUGGGACUGGACAUGGGAUGAUUUGGUGGAACAAGACUUGCCUACUAUUGUAAAACUUGUGUUUGAUACAACCGGACAAAAAGUUCAUUAUGUAGGCCAUUCAAUGCUCAAUCGGUUGAUAGGGAGUGCAGGUAGACCCAUGUCCCGUUCUCGGAAGCUACGUUAGGAGCCAGCCUUGCUUAGUAGGAAUUCAAGCAAAUACCAGGCGAAGAUCCCAUUUUCUAUCAACCGAAUUAUAAUAUAGAGUUCAAUUUAACCCUCUCAACACUCUAUGAUCGGCUUAUUCUAAAGCCUCAGAGAAGUAGUGCAUCCUUUAUUAUAAUACAUAUUUUUUAGCUGAUGUAGUCACACAAUUUCAUAAUAAUAUGUAGGGGACGUUAAUAGCCUUAGCAUCCUUUUCGGAAGGGAAGAUGGUAGACAUGGUCAAGUCUGCAACCUUGUUAAGCCCAAUUGCUUACUUAAGCCAUAUGGCCACUGCAAUUGCUUUCUUUGCUGCCAACUCUUUCAUUGGUGAGAUCAUUGGAGCCUUUGGUUUUGCUGAGUUUAAUCCUAAGAAUAAGUUUGUGUCUGAAAUUCUGAGGGCUAAGUGCUCUCAAGCACAACCCAAGAUAAACUGCAAUGACUUGAUGACUAUAUUUACGGGAAAAAACUGCUGUCUAAAUUCCUCCAAUUUUGAGCUCUUCUUGGAAUAUGAACCACAACCAACAUCGACUAAGAACCUUGUGCAUAUGGCUCAGACUGUUCGCAGUAGAAUCCUAACGAAAUACGACUAUGAUCUGAAUAAUAUUGAGCACUAUGGACAACCUCGACCUCCCAUAUACAACCUCACAAACAUUCCUCUUGACAUCCCCAUCUUUAUAAGUUAUGGAGGUCAAGAUGCUUUAUCAGACGUUAAAGAUGUGGAGAAUCUACUCGAUUAUCUGAAGUCCCAUAAUAUUUUUAAAAUGCAUGUUCUGUACAUCCAAGAAUAUGCCCAUGCCGACUUUAUUUUGGGGAUAACAGCAAAGGACUUGGUGUACAACAAAAUCAUUGGGUUCUUCACAAACUGAGAUUGAGUUUUUUGGACUUUAGCUGCAAAUAAGUGAAAAGGUGGUUGUGUAUUUAUACCGUUGGUUAUCUCACUCAUGAUAAAUAUAUUGUGCAAUCUAAAUGACAAUACUUUAUAUAUCAGUUUUACAAGUUUGUUAAUUGUUGUGCAACUCUUGACUUUUAUUUGC